GCUCAUGCGAGAGGGCUCCACCUCACCAAAUAAGGACAUGUGAGAGACCCUUUGUGGAAUGACGUUGAACGUGAAAUAGGAAUGAACGGGAAGGUUUUAGAUGGAGACCCAAACUGGAGGGGGGACACUGGGCUAAUCUGGUUUCAUAAGAAACUGGUGAAUUUGUGGAACGUCUCUGCGCUAAUCCGCUCAAGUAUUCAUGUUUAACUGUCCCGCGGAGGAGUAACACACAGGGCACACUUGUGGCUCCGAGGGCACAGAUGCACUGCCUAAUGCUGUGCGUUUUAAAAAAGAUAAAUGCACAAGCUGAUAUCUUAGCAGCUCAUACAUUCAAAUGCAUCUCUGCAGGAGCUGCUAUGCCCACGUUGCAAACCCGAACUGGCGGCUUGUGCUGAUCGCGCCUGUGACGAUUCCGCUGACGCGCCACUAGCCGCACCACCCAGGAGACGGGAGGAGAACAGAGAGCGACGAAAACCGGUCUCUCUUUCUUUUCUCCUUGCUUCACGGCAGUUGACAGAAGGUUGCAGCUGUGCAAGUCCAGUGGACGAUAUUUAACGAGCAGUAAUCCCAGCAUCACCCAGGCUGCAGCGAUGGAGGUACCAGGUUUGGCGCACAGCAUCACCAGUCCAUUAAGUCCCUGCGAGGGGAUGAUCAAGGACUUGAGCUUGGACGCAUUACAGUUAUGCGAGCGAGAUGGAAGUAAAUCCCAGGAUGGCAGCAUGGAGGCGCUCCCUGUUCCUCAGAACAUCAAGAUCAGCAACAUCACCUGCGACUCCUUCAAGAUCUGCUGGGACAUGGAGCCAAGCAGCAAGGAGCGCAUCACACACUACUUCAUUGACCUGAACAAGAAGGAGAACAAAAACUCAAACAAGUUCAAACACAAGGAUGUUCCUACCAAGCUGGUUGCCAAAGCAGUUCCCCUGCCCAUGACGGUCCGGGGCCACUGGUUCCUGAGCCCACGCACAGAGUACACCGUGGCCGUCCAGACCGCAUCGAAACAGACCGACGGGGACUACGCCAUCUCCGAAUGGAGCGAGAUCGUGGAGUUCUGCACCGGCGAUUAUUCCACAGUGCACCUCAACCAGCUGCUGGAGAAGGCGGAGGUCAUCGCCGGCCGGAUGCUGCCUUUGUCUGUCUUCUACAGGAACCAGAAUAAAGAGUACUUCGACCACGCCAGGGAGGAGCAGGGGAGCCGGAUGCUGCAGUCGGUGAAAGACAACAGCGGCAGCCACGGCUCUCCCAUCAGUGGCAAACUGGAGGGAGUUUUCUUCAGCUGCAACACAGAGUUCAACACCGGCAAGCCCCCGCAGGACUCCCCCUACGGUCGCCACCGCUUCGAGGUGAAGGCUGACCUGCUCUUCAACCUCGACACCAACCUGUACUUCGGAGACUUCUACUGCAUGUACACAGCAUACCACUACGUCAUCCUGGUCCUGGCGCCAAAGGGCUCCGCGGGCGACGAGUUCUGUAAGGCCAGGCUCCCUGCGCUAGACCUCUCCAACAACCGUUUCCUCACCUGCAAGCAGGAAGAAGAUGGAAGUCUGGUGUUUCACCACGCCCAGGAUGUGAUCCUGGAGGUGAUCUACACGGAGCCCGUCGACCUGGCAAUAGGCACGGUGGCUGAGAUCAGCGGGCACCAGCUGAUGAGUAUGUCCACGGUAAACGCCAAGAAGGACCCCAGCUGCAAGACCUGCAACAUCAGUGUGGGGCGCUAAGAACGGCAGAGCGUAGAGAAGGAAGGACUAGAGGGGACUGACCUCUAAACACACACAGGAAGUACUGAUGAAGCAGACCAACACAUGCAUGAAGCAGCAGAUUUAGUAGGCUCCCAGACAUGCACAGCAACAUAUCUGACAGCGCUCAGUACUCUGAAAAGAACAUCAUUCCCAGAGUGGACGAAAAAAAAAGAGGAAGGAACACACUCUGACACCUGCACUGCUGUCUCCUCAUCUGAAAAAGGUUUCCCUAAAACAUUAGCUAAGAUAUCACGCAUAACUGAGUCAUAGAAACCUGGAACACCACAGUCCAUUCAUCCUGCAAGUCAACACUGGUGUACCGACUAAACCCUUUAACUGUACUAACAACCGUGGUCUGCUCCUCUUCGAUUUGCUGUUGAAUACUUUGAACACUUGUUUUGUUUAUGCCUUGUUAUAUUGUUAUCCUGAGGACCGCGUCCACUGUCUGUGUGGACAAGCAUUUAGAUGUUUGCGAUUACUUCGACUGUUUUUUCGAUUAAGCAAUGUCAUUCUUCAGUAGACUUUUUUUUUCUACUCGUGGCACAGACUGGUAAGACAAUUUUCUAGGGCUGCAGCGUCGAUAGUGAUCUUUCUUUAUACCAAAGGUAUUAAUAACCAGACGUGAAACUGCUGUGGAAUCUUAACAGAACUAAUGCAGCAGCCUCUAAAAUGUGUUUUCACUGAAAAAAAAAGCAUGAUGCAGCUCUGUGCAGCAUGAGGAUGAAAGCUGUCAGUACCUCUACCAUGGCAACCUUUUCUGCUACAGUCGCUUUGAUUUAAUGGUAGUCUGUGAAAAGCAAGAAAGUAGAACCAUAAACUGUGUUAGGCAGAAUAAAUGUGAAAAAAUAUUUAUUUUUAUUGAUACAUUCAUAUAUAGAAAAUUAUAUAAACCAGAAGUGCACAAUGUCAGAAGCUCUGAUCGUUGUCAACAACUGCAUUUAGAGGGAGUUUACUUCAUACAAGCUGGGGGGGGAUUACAACACUAAUCUGACAGCAGAUAGAAGUUGCACUACAAUGCCAAGCUUCACCAAUGUUCACAUAUUUUCCAAGGUGAACAUGUCAAUUCAAUGGUCGCAGUUAUAAAAAUAUGAAUGCAUAUCAUAGCACAAUGUAGGGUUGCAGAGCUGAUGCACAAACACCACAGGAUUGUCUCACUGAUUGCAUUUAAGCUUACACGUUGUUCGCCAAGAAAGCACUUUUUUAAAGAAGAUGCAGUUUCCACUAUAAACGAAGCAGUCCUGAAAGAGUUUUUUGGCGAGGAAAAAAAAGCAAGUUACAAAGUGGCAUAAUGUGCGUAAUUAAAAUAUUAUACGUAACGAACAUCAAGUAGUUACAGCCCGUCAGCCCGACAUAAAUUAGUGCUACAUUAAAUACACUUGCUACAUCAGGUUUAUAAUAAGAUGUGUCACAAUGACAAAGGAUCUUUUGCGGACUAAAAAAAGCGUAGCAGUCGUGCUGCUUUUCAUUAAGUUGGUCACCAGUUUCCUCAUUUUUUCUUCAUGUAAAGUGCAUCAAUAGAAAACAGCAUGACAUAAAACAAGACCAGAACCACAAGAUUCAGAACCUGAUUUUUCAGAGAGGAUUGAGUCCGAUAAAGUCCCACUGUGAGUUAACUCAGCUGCUCUUGGUUGAGUCCCGUUUACUGAGCAGGGCCUCCAUUAGGCGGAGCUUCGCUUUGAGGUUCUUAUACUGGCAGUACUCCUCCGCCAUUGGCCCCCGGUCCUCCUUCUGACAGAACCUGUUAAUGAAAUAGAAAGAAAAAAAAGAUGCAAACACAAGGCAGAACUUCAGUAGUUUCCAACAAACUGCAGCAGCUUCCAUAACUGGUUGAUAGUCCCUAUGUUGCCUUACUCAGAUAGCUUUGUACAGUGUGUAUUGUAACCGAAAACUUACUGUAUUUACUUUGGAGGACUAACAUGUACAGUACAAAGGACGUGUACAGAGCAAACGUCUAUCUCUUCGUCUCUUUCCCGAGCUCUCUGUGCGGUAUUAACGUGCGUGUGCAUUACACUGUCGUACCAUUACGAUGGGAUUUCUUUUGUGGAUGUUCUUUCUUUGUUUUUCACAAGGCAUUGUUGAAAUCCAAAUGUUUCAAGUUUAUUAAAAGAGAAAAAUCUAAA